AUGAAAGAAAAUGAAAUUAUUCCUGAAAACCAAAGGGUUAAGCUUGAAGAAAAUAAACUUAAAAUUGACAAAAUUAUGGAGAGUGAUGCUGGGUAUUACACAUGCAGUGUGACGACUCCUUUUGGAAUUCAAAAUAAAACAGCAUUUUUGACAGUUAUACAGUCAGAAGAAGAAGAAGACGAUGGUGAGUAUAUUCAUUGUGUAAGGGGGAAAGUUUCAGCUUGGUUGAGAUUCAGCCUGGUUAACGGAGCAGAAAUUUCAGCCCAGCCUAUUAUAACGCUAAAAUCCUAUUUAAGAAAGCGGAAUAGCUGUAUUUAGGGGACGCUUCGAGCAUCCAUUCGGUCAGAACGGUCAAGACCACUUCAUACAUACGAUGUAAAAUAAUCUGACUCCUGUUGGUAUUUUUAUUACUUUAUACAAACCAUGCAGUCUUCAAUGAUGGUAUAGACAGGCGGUAUAGCAAUAUAUUUGGCACUAUAUUUGACAAUUAAAAUCACUUUGAAAUGAUCCGGCAACCGUCAACGACUAAAACUAGAUCUGAAAACCCACAGAUAUAUGUUGUAGUAUAUACAGUGCGGUGUCUUAGCUGAAUCAUGCGCAUGCGCAUGCAAACAUCACGUUGGUGGCUUAACCAGGUUCACCACAACCGUGAAGUACAUACUAACGCACCGAAUAUAACUAAGCGAUGCCAAAACUUUUGUUUGAGUACAGCAGUUUUACAUUACCUUACAUUUUCUAAAAUCACCAUAACAUAUUAAUUUAAUUUAAUCGCUCAUCACUGCACUAUAUAUAGAACAAACCUGCACUAACAAGCAAAGUUUCAUGCAUAAUAAGCGGAUCAUUUCCAUUUUAAAUACAUCACUGCAAUUGCAUAGAAUAGAAACUUUAUUUCACGAGGGAAAACGUAUUAACCAUAAAAGUUAUCUAACAUACGGCCCUCAAAAAAGCAUGAAGUACAAAAAUCAAAUCCGGCAUACAUAAUUAAAGACAAAGCUCUUUAAUCUUAUAAUAGAGUCAGAAGAACAAGACGAAGGUGGUGGUAAGUUUUACAGCAGCUAUUAUGCAUAAUGCAUGCAUGAAUGUAGAUCGAGUGGCAAAACGUGUCCAAUUAACCUUCCUCCGCGUAAAUAUUCAAGUUUUAAAACCUUCCUCAAAAUAAUGUGAAUUAUGUCUUUUUCAAAUUGCAAAAUAUAUUAUAAGUUAUGCCAUUCAAACUAAUCGGCUUAUUAUUCUGAAUAUUUUCAAUUUUUAUUGUUUUCUCAAUAUAACGUGACUUUUUUCCAGUUUGACUCUAUGAUAGGUACUGCAUGCUGUUUUCGUUUGCAAUUAUGUAGAUCUGGAAUAGAACAAACAGCUGGAACCUUUUAGAAAGCGGUUAAAUAAAUAAUACAACAAGUAACAUUAUCAUAGUGUAAAAAUAUCUAUUUAGCCUAUCUCCAUAAUUACCUAAAUUAUAAAUUGCAUUAUUUUCCUGCAAAGAACAUCUAGAAUUCUAGAAAUCUAGAAUUGUCAAAGCCGUAAGUGUAUUCAGUCGAGCCGAAGGCGAGAUUAAUAACACCUAUACAGUACAAAUUUCGGUAAAAAUGUCGAAAAGCUCUCGGCUUUUUACACAUUGCACAAAACGCCGUUCGUUCACAUUGUUCUUCUUUGUUUUUAUUCGUGUUUUUAAAACUGCCACGUACUAUAUAUAAAAUUAUAUAACAUCAUAUUUAAUAAUUCUGUGGCGUUGCAUUUGACGUUGUAACCGUUAAACAAAAUCAACAAUAUAUUAUAUUAUUUUCAUGGUUAAUAGAUUAUUCUGGAGAAGGCGAAGAAUUAUAUCCAUGUGGACGUCCGAGAAAGAAGCUGAGUAAGUGCAAUUCAAAUUAAAUAAUAAGUUAUUAAAAUUAAUUAAACUGAAAAAUCACGUAUUCAUUUUGGCAAGAACGCGUAAUACUAAAUACAAAGGUAGGCUGCACAUGCACUUUCAUAAUUCUGUAAUUCCUCAAUUAGUUUUUUAACAAAAAAUUUCACUUCAUCGUCGCAUCAAAAUUUCCCAGAAACAAGAAUGUUAAUUAAUAAGAAAUAGGAAACGAGUCGCGUGCGCUUAUAUGGUGUGAUAAUUUUCCGGGGAAUGUUGGGGGAAUAUGAGAAAAUACUUGAAAUGUAGGCCUAUGUACAGCAUAUAUAUAUAUAUAUAUAUAUAUAUAUAUAUAUAUAUAUAUAUAUAUAUAUAUAUAUAUAUAUAUAUAUGUUGAGUUGUGUAAUUGUACACUCCGUAAUGCGUUAAGGUGAAAAUGUUCUCGAGUGUGUAUGAUAUAAUUUCCAUACCCAGCGUAAGCAGAAAGAUAAAGUCUGCCGCGGCUGGGUCUUGAACCCGCGACCUUCGAUUUACUAGAUAUAUACAUAUAUAUAUAUAUAUAUAUAUAUAUAUAUAUAUAUAUAUAUAUAUAUAUAUAUAUAUAUAUAUAUAUAUAUAUAUAUAUAUAUAUAUAUAUAUAUAUAUAUAUAUAUAGUAUAUAUAUAUAUAUAUAUAUAUAUAUAUAUAUAUAUAUAUAUAUAUAUAUAUAUAUAUAUAUAUAUAUAUAUAUAUAUAGAUAAAGAUAAAAUAAACUUGGUUUACUUCAUAAGAUUUAUUCACUACAAACUUGUUUCGUAUGACAAGCAAUGCUUGCCACACUCAUCAGGUGAAUUUAAAUGUCGCGCUAUAUAUAUAUAUAUAUAUUCAAAUUAAUUUCACUAGUCGUGCAAUAUAAUCACGAGAGCCUAACGAUCUUUUUCUCUAUUUUUUACUUUUUUCGUAUAGCUUCUGCGUGUGACAGGUCUUACGGCUUUACAGGGUGUAAAUCUUUCGCUCCGGCUGUGAAUUCUGAUGACAUCGAAAUAAUGCAGAAAUUGGAUAAUAUUACAAUGUCUCCGCCGACUUUAAGAAUGAAAGUUCAAUGGAAAGUUCCAAAAGCGGGUAAGAGAGUUUAUAUAAUAACUACAGUGAAACACGCAAUUUGAUUGGUCAACAGCCGUGCAAGAUCAGACAAUCCUGCACGGGAAAUUCUGAACAGAAAUUCUUGCGCAUAAUUUUACAAAAUAUACUCGCAUUGUAAAGUUUCAUUGUACUAUUACCUUUCGACUUUGAAGUAAGCUUCCAAUUAUUGAGACGUUGGUUUAGUUGUGUGAAUAAAUUUCUGAUCGAUACAUUCCUGUUCAAGCAAGUAGCAACGCGUAGCGUUGAAAUUCAUCAGACCAUGGCAAGAACAACAUCUCUCGCUAGUCGCUUCAAAGUUCAAACGCUUCGCAAUCCUUUAAGUAUUCAGGUCGAGAAUCUUUUCAUAACUACUUUGGCUCUCUGUUUAGCGGGUUUUCCAUUUCAAAUUUCGUAAAUUUUAUCGAAAAAAUUUCGGUAUUUUCGCUGUAGGCCGCUAUAUUUUCGCGAAUUUGCGAUCAAAUUCUGUUCGCAUUUGUUGUUGUUUUCAAUAGCGUGGAGUAACGAUUCUCCGAUUGGUUAAUUGACGAUUGUUGUGAGAACUGCACAUUUCAUCAGUUAACCGUCGUUUCACUGUAGUAAUUUUAUAAAACAAUUACCAAAUGGUUUUCCCCUCCAGGUUAGCAUGAUCCAUGCACUUGGAAUGUUGCUCGAUUUUCGGAAUGCGUAAAAAAUACACUCGCCUGGCAACAUCCCGCGUGCAUGGAUCACGCAAUCCUGCACGGAAAACCAUUCGGUAUUCCUUUACAGAACAGGUAUAAUACGCAAUAUUAUUUAAGUGAAAUGAACGCUCCACAUUAAUUAAUAUGCAGUGAAAUGAACCAAGUUCGACACAACAAAUAUCCAAAAUAAUUCAAAAUAUUUGGAAACGUUCUAUAUUGAUCUCGUUAAAAGUUUGCCUGCUCAUUGCUACGAAUCGUAUAUGGCUAUUUCAAUUAAGGUUGUCCCCGAGCAAAGCGGAAAAGUCGAAUACGAGCGCGAAAGGCUGCCGGGAAUCGCUAUGAAAAUUCAUUAAUUUUUUAGGGAUUCCCAGCAGCCUUUCGCGUUCGUAUACGACUUUCCCGCUUGCUCGUGGACAACCUUAAUUAAAAUAACUGUUGGUCAACCACUUGGGUACAGCGAUUUCAAAAACAACACUCUUCAAGUCCUCAAACUCAAGUAUAAAAAAUGACUAGACUGCUUGGCUCGAUAUUGAUCGAUGCAACAGUUGUACAGUGCAAUGCAACACAAUACUCGCGUGUUUCAAAAAAAGCUUUAAGUGACCCUUCAGUGAUCGCCUUUUUGUUGUAAACACCCAAAUUUCAUUGCAUUACAUCAGGGGGGUUUCAGAAUGCAUUGUAAUCGGAUCGUAUGAGAAUAUUAGAACUGCGUAAUUUGUACAACUUCCAUGUAUAAAAUUCGAUUCGAUUGUGUUUUAAUUUACCCACCCCAUGGGUUAAGGGUUCAGUAUACAGGGUGUAUAAAAAGUGACCCUUUAGAAAUAACUUCUGUUGUAAACUCUCAAAUUUCAUUACCUCUGGGAGUUUAGAAUGCAUAAGCUGUACAUGAAAGUUAGUCCCGUCAGAAAUUAAUUAGUCCCGUCAGAUCGAUUAACAAUGGCUCAACUGACCGCAGAGCAAGGAAUUUUUAAUUAAAUUCCCAGGUGUAUAAUAACGCGCUUUUAACAACAAAAGGGUGAUCUUAAAGGCCAUUUUUAUACGCACCCUAGCUGUAGGACUCAGGCAUUCAAAUUAUAACAUAACCUGAGUAUCAGGCCCUCGGUAUUGAAAAAGGGCCUGACACAAUUCGCCUCUAAAGCCAUGUUCAACAUCCUGAAUCUGGAUAUGCUGAUUGGCUAAGAGACGAUAAAACGCAUCAUGUGAUUCAAACCGGAAAUAUAUGACCGGCGUAUGUAAACACCAAAAAUAGAAUUGGUAAUUUUGUCAAUAUACUGUUAAAAGUGCUUUAUUUCUAAAAUUUAUUUUCAAUUAAUUAAGCCUAAAAAUGACAAAAUAAGUACGAAAAGACGUUGAAAACGCUUUUGCAGCAACAUUUUACUCGGUAUAAAACUAAAACUACAUAGUCAUAGUAGAAAGCGUGUCUAAAUAUCUCGCCGUAAUAGUCGCCGUAGAACGAAAAUCUGUGGAUGUCGGAAAUUUUCAAAUAUUUAGUUCCAAAAAGCUGAAGCCUUAUGUAUCAGUUUAUGGCCGAGCUGUUUUCCAAGACCUGCAUGCGCAAGGAUAUAGUAGUCAGCCGCUGGGUCAGACGCAGUUGAAGAGAAUAGCUAUCUCGAAUAAACUAUUAACAUGACACGAGAACCGAGGAAGAAGAAAUCCUAAUCAGAGCGCCGAAUGUUGUCUCUUCAGACUCCUGGAAAAAGCCAUCGAGCUAUGGUUCCCCGAAAGAGGCAUAGUUUACGCUUAGAAUUCCAUCAUGUGGAUAUUUCGACAAAAACAUACCGAUUUUUCUCCAUAUUUAUUCAAAUUUAUACAAAACUGCAAAUAACGAAAUUUGCGUAUUUACAUACCUGUAGCGGACAACCGGAAAUAUGCUACAACCGAAAAUAAUUUUAAUUGGCUGAUAUUCUGGGGGUGGAAAGCCCGUAGAGGCGAAUUGUGUCAGGCUCUCUUCAAUACCGAGGGCCUGAUACUCAGGUUAAUUAUAACAAUAAGGUAAACUUCACAAUUGAGACACCCUGUAUAUAUUACAGUGAAAAUACCAAGUGUCCCACUUCCGCUUCCGCAGUCUGUUGUGAUUUACUGUAACUUUUUCUCUUUUUCGUAGCGAUUAUCGACUCAUCGUCAAGUACCGCGAUAAAAUUUAAAUUUUUUAAGUUUUAUGCAAUGAAACUAACGAAAAAUGUAUUGUUUUCCUUUACUACAAAUGAUCAUAUUUAAAAAAAGAGAAAAAUAAGUUUUAUACAGAAGAACAGAUAAAAUUGCAGUGAAUCACAAGAAACUAUAUACGGAAGCAAAAAUUGUAUUUCCGGUGUAAAGAAACGUCGUAUAGCCGAUCAGUGAUAUAUCAAAAACUGUCAUUAGAUCUUAAAGAUGUCAACAGAUCAUAUUUUGCUUGUAAUAUUACUCUGAAUGUAUAUCCGUACCGGGCAGGCUUGAAAAAUAUGCCUGGCCACGGUGGGAAUCGAACCUACGACCUUUGGGAUACUAGCCCAAUGCUCUGCCAACUGAGUUACGCGGUCAGGACGGUUCGAGUAUGUGAUAUUUCGAAACUGAAUCUAGUUUCUUCGACAUCAGUGUAAUUUAAUAAUCUUAUUCACUUGAGUACACAAUACCAACACAGCAAAUCAUAUUUUGUCAAGAUAUGCAUGGUGUAUGGAAGCCCGUCAAACUUCAAGCCACAGUGACACAAUAGAAGACCUUUUUUAUGUUGAUUGCACAUAUUUGAUGUUUAUUAUUAUAUAUUAUUCAUUGAGGUUGCACGUUUCAUCUCAGCUAUAUCCCUAUAUUGGACGAUCACUUAAUUAUCCGAAAACACAACGAUGAGCUUAAUCACCGUGACCGUGCACAAAUUAAUAAACUCAAAGACAAAAACAUGUAUCACAAUUAGCAAUAACACAUUAACUUCUGUUCAGUUUCCAGAUCUCCAUGCAUGCGUAUAUCCAGUUGAUAGACUGUGAAAAAAUCAAACGGUCACUUUAGUAGUCACUACUAUACUUCUGGAAUAAAAGGUCCUAGUUGACUUGUCUCUAGAACAUGCGUUGAAUUCGAGAGAUUCCGGCGCAAUUCGAAUAGACAGGUGUACUAAGGCCGGAUAGCGCUAUCCACCGGAUAGUGAUUGUGAUAAACUGUGAGACUUGAAUAGGGUUUCGAUCAUAGAGAUUAUAAAUAACACUAGAGGAGGCAUCGAGUUUAAAAAUUGGGAACGCAGCUAAUGGGGGGCAAAUUCAAGUCCCGGAUAUAAAAUCGUGCUCUCAUUGGCUGAUUUGAAACUCGUCACCAAUGGGAACACGAAUACACAUCCGGGACUUGAAUUUGCCCCCCAAUAGUCGCGUUCCCUUUUUUUUACUGAAUUAAGAUUACAAUGCCUCCUCUAGUGUUAUUUAUAAUCUCUAUGGUUUCGAUAGCAUUUGUUGCGUUUACUUUGAGUCUUUGAGCGUGAUCGCAGGCUGUUAAGCCUGCAUGAUCGGCUAUAUAUACGGGGAUUUUAACACAAAAAACAAAAGGUUUAUAUUAUUCGAUUGAACACGUAUAUUUAACAGUUAUUCUACGGACUUCAGUCGAAUAUGAGCUGAAAGCCUAUCGCUCAUAUUCGACGAGAGUGAGCAUGGAAUAACUGUUUUAUUAUUUCCCAAGUCUGAAUUCACAGACUUUGCUUUUCGAAUAUUUUCAAUAUUUUUCUCUUUUGUUUAUGCUUUUAUCUUCGUUCUUUCGGCCGAUUAUUUUUUCAAAAAUAUAUAUUUUUAACCAUUUUAAAUAUAAAAUAUUUAUUUGCUAACCUGAAAACAAUUUGUGGGAGCUUUUUCAUUGUGAUUUUAAUCCUGCGAAGGCUAUAAAAAGCAACAACUUGCCGUUUUCUCGUUUGCAAAACAUCGUAAAUUCAGUUUGGACGCCAUUUUGUUUUUCUCUACCAGCAGGAUAUGAGCUAAUAUCCUGCUAGUAGAGAACCAAUUAGAUUGCAGAAUACCUCAUAUCCAGACCUUGUGUAUAUAAUAAUUUCGAUUACUCCAGGAUAUUUCGCUUCGAAAUUAAAGUUAGCUAUAUUUUAAGUCUUUACAUUAUUAUUUGAUGUUAAAGGUUUAUUAAAGGUCAUGUUAUCCGUGUGUUAAACGAACGUUAAGUAUUAAGGUAGGAAAUUCGACAUAUAUUUUGCGACGUGCAUAAGCCAUAACAUGCAGUGAUGAUUCAUCUAAAUCAGCGUUUUUCAACCGUGGAAAAAUGCUUGAAAAGAUUUAAUUAAAACUACGCAUAUAAACUGCACAAUUACUGAAGAGAAACAUUAAUUUAUAAAUACUAAAGUGGAACAUGGGUUACACAAAGCAACGCACAUUUUAAAAUGCUUGGAAAAUCACUAUCCAGUGACUAGCGCUGUCCUGCCUCAAGGCACCUGAUAGUGAUUUUUAAAAAUAUUUUUAAAAUUGCCCCGAAAUGCUGUAAAACUACAGAUGUGCGAAAUAGUCUACUAAGAUCAUUAAUCUGCAUGGGUGAAAAUAUCAUUAUCCGGUGGAUAGCCCUAUAUAUCCGCCCUAUAUAUAGUAUAUCCUAAGAAUAUCACCUCCAGGUGGCUAAUACCCGAGAAAUAUCGCCCCCCCCCCUUAGGAAAUCCCCCCCAUGUAAAUUCAUACAAGUUGAAAAGACCGUUGAAAAUGUGACAACAUCGACACGCUAAGGCGAAGGUAACCAAAUUCAAAUAGUUUGGCAACUGUGUCAUGUUAAUAAUAGAUAGAUUUAGAUCGAGGACGUGAACGUCAAAGACGACGUGCAGAACAAUUUCAUAACGCGUCGCGGCGGGCGCUUGAAAGUACUGUCAUGGCUUAUCCACAGUGAAAAUCUACGUUCUGACAAAAUGAAAGAAAAAUAAUGUUUGAAAUUGGGUAGAAUUACAAAAUCAAGAGUAAAAUUUAGAUACAAUAAUAAAUUGUUUGCAAGCAGUGUCAAAACACCGAUCCUGGUAUAACUGGCGCCUGCUGCAUGGCGUUACUGAACUCACGUUAUACUGACUACAACAUGUAUUGGUGUCGCUCUUGGUCACAAUUUAGUUUUCCCUUCUGCGGUGAAAGAGACUAUAGAAUAUGCAAUGCGAGGAAUCUGGAAGCCAUGAAACUAUUAUGGUAUAUAUAUACAACAUCAUUCUUAAAAAUCUAUAGGUAAUUCUGACAUCUGGGGUUGGCAAAUCAUUGUAGCUGACGUGGGUCCAUUUCCGGGUUCUCAUGGGUGCAUACAAGUGAACAGAAAGGUAUGUGUAGGUGGUUUAAAUAUACUUUGAAGCAUGGUUUACAGUUUGCAAAUAAUGAAUGUUUAUGAGUGCAAUGAUAAAAUUAUUGUUUCAAUUGAAAUUUGUGAUGAAUGUGGGUUGCACAGUUGGGGAUCGACUAGCAAUGCCACGGAUUUUCACAGACUGUAUUACUGAACCGUAGAGUGGUGCAUGUGGUUGUAUUUCUAGGUUUUUUAGUUGUAUUGUUGGUACAUGUGCUACGUGCAAUAAUUUUAGCUUUUGUGAAGCCAAAUACCAUAGGUGAUGAUGACUUCUUAUCCAAUCUUUUUACUAUCCAUAUUUUUAUUACUUAGGGUGUACAUUGUCAAUAGUUGAUUGCAUGCAAAUAGAAUCAUAGCCCCUAAAUACUACAGAAAACUAUCCUUUCUAUUAAAUAUAGUACCUAACAUCACUCAAUUAAAACUCACAGUAUCUCUUAAACCUUUUUGCUACUUCUCUGUACAUAGUUUAUUUGGGAAUCUGAUAAUGGAGAACUUUACGUGAACUACACAUUCAAAGAAAUUCAGUUGGGAGCCAAGUUGAAAAUACAAAUUCAAAGUCUUCCUGCUGUGGCUAGGAAUAAAGGUGUAAUGAAGGAAAUUUCAACAAAAUUAGGUAACGAGCAUAUUAGAAGGGAGAAAGAGUUUGGUUGA